AUGAUUUUGAACAAGAACUUGGGUCAAGAUGCGAAGGAGGAAACGAACUUGAACGCAGAAGAAGCCAAGAAGAGUCAGGGCAAGACGAGAGACUUGAUCCAGCCAAGACGAGUAGCCAUCAAGUUUGCUACCAAGACCAUGGUCUUUGAGUACGUCGAUGGGAACACGGGCAAGCUCAGGCAUCGCAGCUUUCGUAUCGACAUGGAGAGGUUUGAGAGCUGCGAGCAGUGCGAGAGGAAAUUCUGGAGCAAGUUGAGCCGAACCAUCGUUCCGAACUCCGUCAACCGCGAUCAGAUCAAGAGCUUGAUCGCCAAGUUGUACCUGCAGGAGAAAUCUUUGAACCCAGAUGCAGAUGAGCUGGAGGAUGCGACGAAACACUUCAUGAACGCUGAGAGCUCGGCCUCGAGCGACAGAAAGAGCGAGAUCGGCCGGCAAGAAAAAGAAGUCAAGGAGGAGAAGAGAGAGGAAAGGAAGAGGGAGGAAGAGGAGGCACAGGAAGAGGCCGCAGCAAACACCACGAGCAGUCAAGUUGACGCUACAAAGAUUCUCCAUGAUGCAAAACCAGCGCAUGCUGCCGACAAACCCGAGAGAGCCGAGGACAAAGCGACCACGAGCAAGGAGGUGUCGCUGGAUAACAGCAUUAUAGAGGAUGAAGACAUUCCUGAUUAUGCCGACGACUUUGAGGACGAGGAAGCAGAUUCAGAAUAUAAGCCGGGUGGUAGGACAGGGAAAGAGAAGGACGGGGAGGAGGAUACAGAAAAGCUGGACAAGGUGAAGAAGAGGGAUCUUGACCUGCAAAGAGUCGACGAGAACGAAUUGUUGGAAUACAAGCAACUCAUGAACAUCGAGUUUGAGAAGAACGCAAUCAAACCAGGCGAUCCAAAUUGGAAGUAUGACGUACAGGUCGAGUUUUCUGACCCGGAGGAGAAUGCCAGCUGGGACGAGGAGGAUGACUCGCCGGACGAGACAACCUUUGAUUGA